AUGAAUGGUAUCGUAGACUGGCUUCCUUAUGUUGAUAGUCCAGUUGGCGAUUCUCGACUCCAGGUCGAAAAUCUGGUUGAAAGGGAGCUCCUAAAUGUUGACAUGAAAGUCUUGCACCCUGGCGUGGAAAGCUUGCUUGGCAGUGAAACGACGUCCAGGUUCGCACAGCAGUCGUCUCCAAACGAAAGCAAGAGGGAUUCGGAAACUAAUGAUCAAACACCGGUCAAAAAACCAUGUCUUGGGGUCGAUAAGUCCCGGUACGUUGUCGAACGCUGCACUACGCGAGAUCAACAGGCAACUUUAGAAUCCUAUUUGGGUCACCAUGAAAGCGUGUUGAGUCAAUUAAUGGGACGCACUUUGGCGAGACAGUGGGUAACAAAUAACGAAUAUAUGAACGGCGUGUGUGAUGCUUUAAGGGAAAUCUCAGACUCCCAGGAAAGAAAUAUACAGGAUUUGGAGAAACACAGGGAAUUGAUACAAUCGGAAGCCCAGCGGGACCUGGCUUACAUGGAGGACCGGUGGAAGGAAACGCUGCUGCGAAACGUGGAACGGGCUCUCGACAGCGCCGGAGGAGGCAUAUAA